AUGAGGUGAGGCCUUUCAAUCUUUAAAUUUAAUUUAAUACCUUUUUGUGUCGUUUUUAUUGAGUGAUACCGCAGUUAUAGGACUUAAGAGUUGUUCCGUUAGGUUGAAAUAGAGUUUUUAUCUUUUCUACCGGCUAUUUAAACUAGCAUAAGGCAGGGGUUCAUCUACCGGUGAACAACAUGACGGUGGAGUUUCAUUUCUAAUCCAUCAUCAUCCACCGAUUUAAAACCUGUUUAUGCAUUAAUUUAGCAUUAGAUGUGUACAUGUAUCCAUAUAGAUCAUAUUUAGGCGCAUCUUGUCGAAAUUUGCCUUUACGUUGUGAUGUCUCGUAGUCACCGCCGGUUAACAGCAUGAUCAGGGCUUAUUACACAUAUAAGUUCAUUCAUCAUAAUUUUAAAAUGCUUUUGUUACAGUAAGGUCUCCAGGGAUACGUUGUACGAAGCCGUGAAAGAGGUCCUGCAGGGCUCUCAGGCCAAGCCAAGGAAGUAAGUUGAUGCAGGAGUGGAUUGACUGUUGGACUAUUGGACCUGUGAAGUAGUUGAAAUAAUGUCAUGUUAUUAACAUCUACUCCGUCUGUAGGUUUGUGGAGUCUGUGGAGUUGCAGAUCAGCUUGAAAAACUAUGAUCCCCAGAAGGACAAGCGUUUCUCCGGCACUGUCAGGUUCGACCUUUUACUGUUUCACCCAACCUUUUCCCUGUGUGCUUCCAGCCCUGUCUGAGUGUUACAUCAGCCUAAUGUAUGGCAAAUAGAGCUUUGGAAACCUUUUCAAAAUAUAAAAUAAAACUCCAGACAGGCCAGGGGCAGACAUGGUGAAGUACUCUGGGUAGUCUGACUGAGCUGACCCAGUCUUGGCUGGUGGAGGUGAAGCAGACGGACCCCUACCCUGGGUCUUAAAACAUGAGGGGAGGUUCUGAGUGGCUGAGCUUGUAAGUUCAUGCCCUCUAGCCGACCAAUGUACAUAAUUUUACUGAAGAAGUCAGCAGGACACCAGCAGCAGGUGGUAUGGGUAAGAAUUUUUCUAUUGCAUGGUUCAAUCAGGAAAGUGUCAUCUAGUUAUGGGAGAACAUUUGUCUUGUGUUACGUUUAGGAAAAUAAUGUUACCAUCAGUUUACCACAAAAGUUUAGUUUGUUUUCUACAUUUGAUCUCCUAAGUGGCUGUCAUAGAUGACGACUUGAGUUGGUUCAACAUGUAGUAUAUUCUGACUGUGCACUAGAGGUCCACAUGGCUUAAACUCCCUUUAUGAAGAUCAUGCUGUUGGACAGACUGUGUUUCCUUUGCUGUGUAGGUUUUAAUUUGGUUUGCCUUUGAUGUCCUUGAGUUUGAUACAGUAUUGUGAAUGGUACCUCUUGUGGUUUUGUUAAUACACAGACUGAAGACUCUGCCCAGACCUAAGUUCUCUGUGUGCGUCCUGGGAGACCAGCAGCAUUGUGAUGAGGCCAAAGCUGCCGACCUGCCACACAUGGACAUUGAAGCUCUCAAGAAGCUCAACAAAAACAAGAAACUUGUCAAGAAGCUCGGUAUGAAGUUAACAGCAUGACCUAAAACAGUUCUUGAUUUGACCACUGAAGUCAGACACGUCUCUCUAAAGUUGAUUCUUUUUUUCCCUCUUAACAGCCAAGAAGUACGAUGCCUUCCUUGCCUCAGAGUCUUUGAUCAAGCAGAUCCCUCGUAUCCUGGGUCCCGGGCUGAACAAGGCCGGCAAGUUCCCCUCCCUGCUCACCCACAACGAGAACAUGACCACAAAGGUGGAUGAAGUCAAAUCCACCAUCAAAUUCCAGAUGAAGAAGGUACGCAGCAGGACUUUGUUCUGGAAGUUUGUGUUUUCUUACUGUUGUCAAUUCAAAGGCGAUGUUAGCAGAUGUUUGGUCAGUGAACAUUUUAUUUCCUUUGUGUAGGUGCUCUGUCUGGCUGUAGCAGUCGGACACGUGAAGAUGACAGAGGAUGAGCUCGUGUACAACAUCCACCUGGCUGUCAACUUCCUGGUGUCUCUUCUGAAGAAGAACUGGCAGAACGUGCGCGCCCUUUACGUCAAGAGCACCAUGGGCAAACCUCAGCGCCUCUACUAA